AUGAUCGCAAAGAAAUGCUGGCUACUAGGUAUACUGGCCACUGGAGUUGGAGUGGUCUUUGGUACCCCAAAAAUCAACAUGCCUCUGCGUGGGUAUCUGUACAACGCAGGCUCUCAUGGAUAUCUUUCUGUGCCCUACACUUCUUCGCCGCUCUAUACUGAUCAUUCCGUGAUUAUUGGCCGAGGCAAGGAUGUGCGUGUUCGCGUACACCUUUAUCCAGUUGAAGAUGAUCGCCAGGACAAUGUGGAUGGUGAUGGUGAUUCAUACUCUAUCCGAAUAGACACUGACAGCGACAAUUUUCCUCUGAGAAGAAACAGCAGCCCGCAACAAGCACUUACCCUUUUUGCCAACACACAGUAUGUGCUCAGAUCGCCUCUGGCCCGCAACCUCAAGGGACAGGUCUUCAAAGUUGUUCAGUCCAAGAACUUCCGAGAUCACUUUAAGAUUAUGUACAAUGGCCGCUGUCUCAUGCCAGACCGAAGACAGCUCUUUGUGCUAGCCAAGUGCUUCAAUGAGACUGAUGACCCGAUUGUGAUAAAACAGAUGUUUCGCAUUGAUGGUGACGUCUUUCAGCCAAUCCACAUUGCUCGUGGAAUCUUCUCGCACUACUUUGAAGGCUGUGCACCUUGUACGCGAAAUAAUCCAGAUAUUCUUAACGGAAAGUACAUCUUCCUCAAUGAUAAAUACUGCACCCGUCCUUGCACUCCUAAAACACCUAACAGUCAAGACCCUGCACCAAAUCCUGCCCCAAAUCCUACUCCAGAUCCUACGCCCGCCCCCUCUUACUCUCACAGACCCAGGCUAACUGCAUAG